AUGGCAGAGGAGCACACCGAGCUGGAGGAGAGGAUCAUCAUCAAGGACCAGCACACCAAGGAGAUCGACCUGGUGAACAGAGACCCAAAGCACAUAAACGAGGACGUGGUGAAGGUGGAAUUUGAGGACGUGAUAGCGGAGCCUGUGGGGACGUACAGCUUCGACGGCGUCUGGAAAACCAGCUACACCACCUUCACCGUCAGCAAGUACUGGUGCUACCGCCUGCUCUCCGCCCUCCUGGGCGUUCCCCUGGCCGUCAUCCAGUGCGUCAGCCGCAUCUACUCCCUCUGCAUCCACACCUUCUGCGACCCCCUCUUCGAGGCGCUCUCCAAGAUCUGCGGCAACAUCAGAGUUGCUCUGCGGAAGGAGAUCUAG